AUGUUCAACAGCAACCAGUGCACCCCAAAGUAUUUUUUGUUGACUGGUCUUCCUGGUCUGGAGACAGUGUACCCCUGGUUCAUCUUCCCAUUCUGCUGUACAUAUCUUGUGGCCAUCAUAGGAAAUAGUCUGAUCCUGACCGUGAUCAAGAAAAACAGUUCUCUGCACCAACCGAUGUACUUGUUCCUAGCCAUGCUGGCCUCUGCAGAACUUGGUGUCUCUGCCUCCACGCUGCCCACCGUGCUGGGCAUCUUCCUUUUUGGUACUAAUGAGAUCCUCUUUGAAGCCUGCCUUUUGCAGAUGUUCUCCAUACAUUCGUUUUCCAUCAUGGAGUCAGGAGUUCUGCUGGCCAUGUCUGUGGACCGCUUCGUGGCCAUCUACAACCCCCUGCGCUACACUACCAUCCUGACCUUACCCCGUAUUGCUGGUACUGGGGCUGCACUUGGAAUGAAGAGUGUGGUGCUCAUGUUUCCACUGCCCUUCCUCCUGAAACGUCUGCCCUUCUGUGGCCGCAAUAACCUCUCUCACUCCUAUUGUCUGCACUCAGAUCUAAUCCAGCUGCCCUGUGGGGACACUCGUCCCAACAGCAUUUUGGGGCUCUGCAUUGUUACUUCCACAUUUGGGCUGGACUCAUUGCUCAUUGUGGUCUCUUAUGUGCUGAUCCUAUAUACAGUUCUGGGCAUUACCUCUGGGGACGGGCGUCGGAAGGCCCUCAAUACGUGUGUGUCACACAUCUGUGCAGUCCUUGUGUACUAUGUGCCAAUGAUCAGCGUGGCUCUAGUGCACCGUUUCAUGAAGCACGCAGUGCCUGCUGUCCGUCUCCUCUUGGCCAAUGUCUACCUUCUGGUACCACCUGUGCUCAAUCCUAUCAUCUACAGUGUUAAGACCAAGCAGAUUCGCCAGGGGUUGAUCCAACUCAUUCUUCAAAGAAAAUAUUAA